AUGUCAAGCGCUGCGUCAGCUGGUCACUGUUGUGAGUCACUAUCAUCCAUUAUCAGUAUUAUCAGUAUUAUCAGUAUUACCAGUAUUACCGUGAUCAGUGUGACACUCAGAGUGAAGCGUGAUCGUCAGAGUGACCGUGUGACGAGGUGUUCUGACUUCCAACCAAAAAUUCGCGGCAGCAUAAAUUGGUACAUAUACCUACGGUAUUGUAUGAGACGCGCAUGCGAUACACAAUAAUGUGAGAUACACGAUAAUGGUUGGAAAGGAGAGGAUAUCUGAGGAUACCAUUGCGAUUGUUGUCGCGUCGCAUCGAAUCGUUCUUUAUCAUUUGUGAAUUCUGAUUUCUCUGGAUAACGCAUCACGCAUGUACGCGCGCGCAUGCAGUUCCUUUUGGGCGGUUUGCGAGACUCGGACACUGCGAGACAGCGAGAUAACGUGGCUCUCGGCUCGAUCGCCAGAUUCGCGAGCGGGAUUUAUGUCACUACGGCUGUAAUUUUCGUAAGAGGCGAAAAUCAUCGGAAUACUCCUUGCCAUGUUCCUCUCUCUCUCUCUCUCCCUCUCUCUCUCUUCCUCUCUUCCGUUUUAUGUUCGGUUAUGCACGUUUUUCUUCGCGCUCGUGCAAAGUUCAUCUCCGUCGAUUCGUCAUCGAGAUAGCGCGAGGGUGACAGCUCUGCGACAAGAGUCGCGUCUAUCAUAGUCUCGUGAUCGCUGCCCACGCGCGGCGACAACUAUCGCUGUUUGUUGAACUCACGAAGCUUGAGCGUGCUCGAGUUCUGACAAUAAAUCGCCGGUCGCCCAACAGCUCAACGGAAUGUCUAUUAAUCUGAGUGAGGUCGAUCCGUUCAGUGAGAUGGAGCUGCCUGUGGAGCAAGAAUCCUACGAAGAAGAUGACCAAGCAAUAGUGGAAUCAAGUCCAAAGAACAAUAUAGAAACUAAUGCUGUGAGUGAAGCUGAUUACGCUGAGCCUUUGACCCCGGAAGAAAUACGGUGGUUUUAUAAAGACGGCGUUGACAAAAGGUGGAACGAAUUUUGCGGGUACGACAGUUUAAGAAUUGAGAGAAUUUAUCAAGAACGUCAGAAUUUAAUUAGCGAAAGUAAUGAUGGAACAAAUGGUUUGCCACCCGCUGAAAAAAUUGUGGUUAGAGGUGGCAUGUACGAUAUCGAAAUAGAUAAUAUGAAAUGCGUUUCGAUAUAUUGGCCAGGUGAAGAAUGGGAAAUUAUGAGGGGUACAUGGUAUUAUGAUGGCAGUUGGAUACCCUUGGAAACAGAACAUUCCAAAGUAAUAGAAAAGGUACAUCUUGAAUUAUUCCAAAAGGAAAGCAGCAAUCAAAAUAUCAUUACGUGUGAUACAAAUCCUCCUCAAUCUUAUAAAGUGUUACAUACUGAGCAAUUUUCCGAGUUUCACGUUGAUUGGCACUCGGUUAAUGAUGUGACAUUAUAUAGCGAAUAUACACCUACUAAAUUAAUGCGUAGCGUUACAUCAAAGUUGGGUUUUGCUAAAACAACAGGCUAUCGAUUAAAAAGAGGCUAUAAAACGCGUACAAAUAUAGAGGACAAGCCACGUGAUAUUGAUCAUCUAGUAUUUGUUGUUCAUGGAAUAGGACAAAAGCGAGAUACAGGGAAAAUUAUCCGUAAUACCACAUGUUUUAGAGACUGUGUGGAUUGGCUUAAGCAAAAAUACUUUCCAAAUUCUAAACACAGAGUAGAAUUCUUUCCAGUUGAAUGGCGAUCAUCGUUAAAGUUAGAUGGAGAUAUAGUAGACGCAAUUACACCUUACAGUGUAUUAAGCAUACGUCACUUGCUUAAUACAUCAGCAAUGGAUAUUUUGUAUUAUACAAGUCCUCUGUAUGGUGCUGAAGUUCGAGCUGGAUUACAAAAAGAGUUAAAUAGUUUAUACUGUAUGUUUGCGAGUCGACAUCCCGGUUGGCAAGGAAAGAUUUCAAUUUUAGCGCACUCUCUAGGAUGUGUGAUUGUAUAUGACAUAGUUACAGGCUGGAUAGGACCUGACACGCGACUCUCAUGUCCGCAGGCGCAAGAAGUUUUAUUGCAAGGAUUGCAAUUUCCUAUUGAAAAUUUGUUUUGCUUGGGUUCGCCAUUGUCCGUAUUUUUAGCUCUGCGCACUCGUACUCCAUCCAACAGAUUAGAUGUGAUGCCGCAAGGUUUAUGUAAAAGAUUCUAUAACAUAUUUCACUGGUCCGAUCCAGUGGCUUAUAGAAUGGAACCGCUUUUGGAAAGGGGUUACAGUAAAAUCGAACCAGUUCUAAUACCACCAUACGGAGGAAUUGAUGGUCAGCAAAUACCACAAUCGCCUUCAUCACUGAACAACGUCGAUCCGAUUCUACCGCCUACAGAAAAUGAUGAUAAAGAUGAUAGUCCAGUGGAUAGUCCACCCAAUCGUAAUGCAGAGAAGGGCUGGAGUCUUUGGGAUUUAGUGCGAGGUGGUUGGAACAUUAGAGAAGGUCCAUCUUCGCCAACACCAGAUUCAAAUCCACCAAUCCGUCCAGGUCAAGAAUUAGCACAACGAUUGGAUUAUGUGCUUCGUGCGGUUGGUUUAGGAAGAAAUUAUUUGUAUACUGUAACGGCACAUACGGCAUAUUGGAAUAACUACGAUGUAGCCUAUUUCGUAUUAACAAGACUCUUUCCAACGCUGGAAACUUGAUGGCGGUUUAAACAGUUUAAUGCAGAGUCCCAGCAGUUUCUGCUAAGAUACUCUAGUCCAUUGUAGGCCUUCUCUAGAACGUGAUAUCGCAAAUAGGUCUGCUACCAAAACAAUCUGUGAUAAUGGAAAAACGAUACAAUAAUGUUGCGAAUUCUAUGAAAACCGAUCAUUUUAUAUAAUUGUAUAAUUUAGUAAUCGCUCUGCAUAAAGUUAUACGAAACAAACGUUGUUUUUACUACUCGUUUUGGAAAGUAAUUGUUUGUACUACAUUAGGUAAUCGACAUUUGUACAUAACAUAAUAAAUUAUAACAUAAUAAAUUCUGUAUCAUACAGAGCGCA